ACAAAUCUGCCAGUGUUUAAGGUAAAGGAAUCAAGUGUAAGGAGGAGGUACAGUGACUUUGAAUGGCUAAGAAACGAACUUGAAAGAGACAGCAAGAUUGUUGUUCCACCCCUUCCUGGAAAAGCGCUAAAACGUCAGUUGCCAUUCCGAGGGGAUGACGGCAUUUACGAGGAAGAAUUUAUUGAAGAUCGACGCAAGGGAUUAGAAGUUUUCAUUAAUAAAGUAGCAGGACAUCCUCUUGCACAGAAUGAAAAGUGCCUACACAUGUUCAUUCAAGAGCCCGUCAUUGACAAAAACUAUGUGCCCGGGAAAAUCCGCAACACGUGAGCCACCCCUUCUCCCCUUCUGCAAGUGACCAACAUGGAAGCUUCAUGUAUUCUUCUGACAUAAAUUAUGGGUCUAAUAAGGCUGAAGACAAGAUCUAUACACUGAUGGGAAAUUUUUUUCACCUGUCUAGACCACCCCUUCUUCCACAACCAUUGAAGCUCACUGAUACCACUGAAUACUCUUUAAGUUGUACAUCUCACCCCCACCUUUUUAUUACUAAUAUUUUUUUGUUUUUGUUUUUUUAUUUUUUCGUUCUUUUUCAGUAUUGUAUUUUUGCAGUGCUGUGACCUAUUUUUUAUUUUGCAUCACUCCUGGAUUCCUUAGAUCUAACUAUAGGUUUGCACUAGCAAUACCAAUGAUAUAGUAUUGUGCUUGACUUAUAUGUUGCUUAUUAGUCAGUGUACAUUACUUUAACCUACAUCCCAUGAGAAUGUGAUUUUUGAUAGUUUACUAAAGUCAAGAAUUAACAGUUCAUAAUUCUUUUGGGCACCAGAUCAAAUCCUGCGUCUAAUUUCAUUUCAAUGGUUAUAUUAUAAUUGCAUAUUGUACACACAAUUGCUCCAGCACAUGCAAAUGCACUCAUUCACUCACACUCUCUCUCUCUCUCUCACUUACACAAAUAAACCCAUACUGACAAACAUAUAGACACACACACACACAUGCAUGUGUUCACUCAACAUUUACACAUACACACACA